AUGGCGUCGCUGAAGCCUGGGACCAAACUAACAACCCCUUACGUGAAUGGCAAGAGCUAUGUGUCGCUUAUUCCUCUUGUCAGUUCACAUACCCCGGAGACCUACUGGUUGCUCUGGAAGGUAUCGCGCAACAAUUCCAAUAAUCUCGCCUUGGUCUCUAUGUAUAUGUUAAUGGAAGCUCCAUCUGAUGUUUCGCUCGAUGUGGAAGUCAACAUCAGUGCCGAAAUGUACAUGGUAGCCGACAUUCAACAGUGGCCAGAGGGAUCGAGCGAUUGGGGAAACGCUCAAGAUGAACGUCUGUAUAACAGCCUGGCAGUACUUUGCCUCCAGCUCCUCAUAUAUCAGGGAGGUUAUGAAGGUUUCCCUAAUGCACCCCGAAUUACAUGA